AAUUAAACUUCAAAAUCUAACUUCCAUUAAUAUCACCAGAACUCCAAUUUCUCUCUCCAAAAAAAAAUAAAAAAAAUCCCACUUCUUCUAUACUUCAAAUGGGAAACUAUUUUUCUUACAAAAAUGAAUCAGUUGAAGAAGUUGAAGAGGUUGAAUUUGAAAAAGAAGAAGUAAUUAUUAAACUUCCAAAUUCAGUAGAGCAAAUGCUAAACCAACUAUGCAAAUCUCAGAACCAAAAUCCACCAGAUAAUAAAGUACGUAAACUACUUUAUGGAAUUGGUGAAGAACGAUCACUAUACAUAUUGAAAGAAAUUUCGAAAUGCCAAAUUAGAAAAAGCCUUAGUGGUUUUAUUGUAUUCAUGGCAAAAAAAUACUGUCAUUCAGAAACUCAAAUUUGUGAAAAGCAAGUUGCUCCAGUUACUACGUCUGCUGAGAGUUUUUAUUAUAAACCAAAUUUAUUGCCUCGGAAUUCUUCGUCUUCUUCUUCGGUUAGUUUAUUCCAUAGAAAUGCGGCGCUUUUUCAGGAAAAUGAUAUAGUAGGUGAUACAUCUGAUUCUCCUACAUCAGCUCCACAAAUACCAUCACCUCGAACAACUCCAGUGACAACGAGCUUUCAAAGAGAUCACUACGCUCGCAGAUCAUCUGAAUUUAGACUUAGAAACAGUGCCAGCACACGAGGAAUAAGUGAGCAGUUACUUGCACUCAGUAAGCUUGAAUUCAGGAAAUUCUUUCUGAUUCUGAAUUACAUAGGGAGGAGGAAGUUGGAGGAUGUAAUUAUGCUCCAUGACGUUGGUGACAUUUUGGAUAUGAUAUAUCAACCUAUGUCUCAGUUUGAGUCGUAUAUCUGGAAUAAAUAUGGUCAUCCUUGUGAAAAUAAUAAACGGGUGCAGUAUCUUGAUUGGGAUUCCGGAAGGACUCAUCUCUACCAUUGCCAUGUCCAUUCGGACGGAAGCUAUACUUUUAAGGGUCCUUACCUGAAAGCUGAAAGAACCCAUCUGCAGCGGUCAUUAGGAGAUGAAAAUGUGUUGAUUGUCAAGUUUGAGGGAAAUGCCCCAAGUUGCCCAGAAGAGAUUGUUCAGAAUGGAAUUCUUGUUGGUUUGAGGCGUUAUCGCUUUUUUGUUUAUAAGGAUGACGGGAAAAAGAAAAGUUCAAAGGACAAAGAGGAAAAGAUUGACUCUGUGAAAUGCUACUUUGUUCGAAUGGAAUCUCUUAAUCCUUGUGAAAAAGAAAGUUACAUUUUGCAUGACAAGAUAGUCCAUGACGCAAGGUGCCAUUUCAUGCAUGUACAUAUGGUCUCUAGCAUGGCUAAAUACAUGGCGAGGUUCUCUCUAAUUUUAUCCACGACAGUAAAGCUUCAAGUUGAUCUGAAUUCAGUGAAUAUUGACAGAAUUGAAGAUAUAUAUUGUCAUGAUAAGAAUGGACGAAUUCUCUACGAUGAAGACAGGAAACCCCUUAUACACACAGAUGGGACUGGAUAUAUUUCAGAAGACUUGGCAAGAUUGUGUCCGCAAGAAUUUUUUAACGUGAAGCACAAGUUUCCUGCCAACUUAGAGAGAUAUCCCAAUGGUGUCAAACUUGGAGAGAAUUCAUCCACGCCGGGAGAGGCGGAAUUUCAGAAUGGGGAGCCGCCUCUGUUGAUGCAAUGCCGGCUAUUCUACAAUGGUCUUGCUGUAAAAGGAACCCUUCUAGUCAAUAGAAAGCUGCCACGGCGCACAAUUCAGAUUAGGCCCUCAAUGAUCAAGGUUGAGGAAGAUCCAAGGCUGUCAAGAGCUCAAAUAUUUAACUCGUUGGAAAUAAAUAAACCCAGUUUUAAGCCUAGGAAUACUCGUCUAUCAAGAACCCUUAUUGCUCUGUUGACCUAUGGAGGUGUUCCCGUGGAGUAUUUCUUUGAUAUUCUGAAGAAUACUUUGGAGGAAACACAAAGAUUAUACUCAGAUGAGGUGACAGCUCUAAAAGUUGCAGUGAACCAUAGAGAUCGUGAUGAUGCCUCUAUUGCCACAAGUAUGAUAAUGGCUGGAGUACCUCUCACUGAACCAUUUCUUUGGAGUUGUUUGUCUUCCCUGGCAAAGGAAGAAAGAAAUGGAUUAAAAGCAGGAAAACUUCCUAUCUCUGAUACUUUCUAUCUGAUGGGGACAGCUGAUCCGACUGAUACUUUAAAUCCUGAUGAAGUCUGUGUUGUUCUUGAACAUGGACAAAUAUAUGGAGAGGUACUAGUAUACAGGAAUCCUGGGCUUCAUUUUGGUGAUAUCCAUAGACUACUUGCUGUGCCUGUGAAGAACCUCGGAGACAUUAUUGGAAAUGCUAAAUAUGGUAUUUUCUUCUCUACCAAAGGUCCAAGAUCCGCAGCCACUGAAAUUGCUAAUGGCGAUUUUGAUGGAGAUAAUUAUUGGGUCUCUCGGAACCCCCAGCUGUUAAAAUAUUACACUGCAAGUAGACCGUGGAGCCGAAUCUAUUCAACACCAAAGACAUUGCAUAGGGAGCCCAACCACUUCUCUGCGGAGGAAAGGGAGCAUGAACUCUUUCAGAAAUUUCUAGAAACUAGGAAGCAGAAUUAUAGCAUGGCUGACGCUUCUGCUAACUGGUAUGCACUCAUGGAUAGACUUCUGAUAUUGGGGAAAUAUAAUACCACGGAGAAUGAAGAGACGGAGUCUAUGAAAGAAAAACUGCUGGAGUUGAUUGAUUUGUAUUAUGAUGCUAUAGACGCCCCAAAAAGUGGGAAUAAGGUUUUCAUCCCAAAGAGAUUGAAAGUACACAGAUUUCCGCAUUUCUUACAAAGGAAAGAAAGCUAUAACUCUACCUCAGUCCUAGGCGAAAUUUAUGACCGGGUUGAGAAAUUUAAAGCUGAAGAACCAGUUGCUGUAGAAAUUACGAAGCUCUCGACUUUUGAAGUUGGAAUCCCUGCGGCAUGCUUGAGGUUAUGGGAAGAAAGGUACGAAAAUUACAGAUUUGAUAUGAAGGACGCACUGAACACCAGCAAUGAAUCAAAAAAUGACUUAGCUGACCAGGUUAUUAAAAAGUACAAACAGCUGCUAUAUGAAGCGCCGGAUAUGGAGGAAAGCAUAAGGAGUAAAUCGGACAUAUUUACCGAUGCACUUGCUAUUUACCAGGUGACUUAUGAUUACGCGAAAUCUAUACGCGACAUCAGAAAGUGUGGUUUUGCAUGGAAAGUUGCAGGUUCAGCACUUUGUAGGCUUCAUGCUGAGCUCCAUGCUAAAGAACAUAACCAAAAAGUCAUGGAUGUGUCACCUUCAGUAUUGCACAAAUUAUUGAACUUGAGGAUCAAAAAAGUGUCUGACAUGUAAAAAAUCUGUAUUGAUGAUUUAGUGUAUAUAUUGUUUUUCUUCUUGUUGUAUAUUUUCCUCCCAAAUCUUCACGUUAGACGACUUUUACGUCAACAAUAACAUAUCUAGUGUAAUUCCGUAAGUGAAGUAUGUUAGACGUUUGGAUGGUCACUCAACUUUGUGUGAUUGGUCAUUAUAGUCACUCAACUUUGUUUUAUCUUUCAAAA